AUGAUCAUUUGGGUUCAACUCCCCGAGCUGAAAAUUCAUUUCUACCACAAGGAGGUCCUGAAUACACUGGGUAAUUUGAUCGGACGCACGAUCAAGCUCAACUACCACACCCUCACCCAACAGAGGGCAAAAUUCGCACGACUGGCAGUGGAGGUCGAUGUCUCCAGGCCCCUUGUUCCAAGAAUCUGGCUAGACGAUGACUGUCAACCCGUGGAAUACGAGAAUCUACCCGUCGUUUGUUUCGAGUGCGGAAAAAUUGGCCAUUCUUCGGCUACUUGCCCCCUACUCUGGUCAGCCUUGAUAUGA